CACAUACACACCCCCGCACACUCUCACACACACACACACUGCCUCCACUUCAUCCGCACACACUCCCGCCGAGCUGCCAGAGAGCCACCGCCGCUCCAAGCCUCUCCAUCUCCCGCGCCACCGUGCCUUCUGCUCUGCGCGUCCAGCUGUGCGCACAUCUCGCUCCCGGAGCUCCGACCAGGGCUGAAAGCUGAACUGUUGAAAGGAGGAAGGGAAACAGGAAUAUGACUUCUAAGGCGAUGGAGUGUAUGAAUCUGUCGGAGGAACAGAUCAAAGUGCUGGAGGACAGUUUCAAGAAAGUCACCCGGUAUCCGGAAGGGAUGACGCUCAUGUUGAUCGCUGCGGAGUGCGGACUGUCAGAGGAGGAAAUACUAAAAUGGUUCGAGCUACGUAACAGACUGUGGAGGCAGGCGGAGGGUCUUCCAGCUGAGCUCGGAUCAGUGCUGGACUGAGACGCUCUGUGCUGGCCCUGGUUUCUCCUGGACAAACUGACCCUACCACCUCUUCCUCAUACACUUCCCCCCCUCUCCCCUCUCCUUCUGUCAUUCUCACUUUUUGUAUCUAUGAAGCUAUUUUAACUUACUGUACGGAAUUUGAAGGUGUUUGUGUGCCGUUGCCAAUAUAACCGCCAUGUCUACGAAAAUAAACAUAUUAUAAGUUAAAAAUGACUUGAGUGUGCUUUGUGGCUACAGUACAUCCGGGGUCCAAAUUCACUGAGGAAGCCGAGUUAUACAAUGGCGUAGGAAGAGUAGGGGGCUUUGGGGACAGAGUGCUUUUGUUUUUCAGGCUUUGUUUACAUGCGUGUCUGUCAGCGGGGAGCGGAGCUGGUUACACGACUAUAAAGGAUGUAAGGAAGGAUUACAAUGGAUGCUGCUGGACUCAGCUGCCGCUAUCCAGGAACAUACAGGGUCAAAUCUGGAACAUUUCCAGUUGUUGAGGGAGAAGGAGGAGAGGGAGGAGGAAGACAUGUGAGCCGACUGAGCUGAACAAAAGACAGGUGAUGUCAUUUCAUGGUCCCUUUCUCACUCGUGAUCGCUCUGUGGAAAAAAAAAAAGGAUGUGAUCUCAGCAGCCAGUUUGAGCUAAAAGUAUUCUGUAAUUUUCUUACUGUCAAAACCAAUUGAGUGUGUUCUUUGUUAGUUUUGAUCUAAAAAAAAAAGAACUUUAGAACUCCAGUACUUGCAGCCCCAAAUACUCACUAGUGUGCUAAUCCUCUGUUGAAAAUAGUAAUAAGAAAUGAAAAUGUCUUUAAAUCAGACUGAAAAGGUGGAGAGAGGGAGUGAGAGGCUACAGAUUCUCAUUUUACAGGAUAGAAAAGACAUCCAGAACCCUCUCAGUGUGAGAAGAGACUGAAGAAGGGGAGAGGGAGGGAGAGGGAGGGAGGGGAGAGGGAGGGAGGGAGGAUGGAGUGAACGGUCUGCACAACAAGCUCGACAGAAACCAACACCGACCCAACAGGUAGUUCAACUGCUCGUAAUACACACUGCUGCUUUUUAUCACGCUGUUUGUUGCUUUUUGUGACAGGCUGUUUACACUGGCUCUCACAGUAUGAACACAUUAGCACUCAUAUUCAUGUUUACAGAUUUUUAGUUUUACUCCUUUAAAACUUUAAUUUUAACAUGAAAGAGAAAAGACCCUUAUUUUAGUUAGUUUCUUUUCUAUCUGUUUAUGAGAGCAUUUGUAUCGUAUAGAAAUACAGAACACACACACACACACACACACACACACACACACACACACACACAGAGGGGUGUCUGUUUCCUGAGCCUGCAUGGGGGUGUUUUCAUCUGUUCAGCUGAAAAACAAGUAUUUGCUUAUAUUGUGUGCGUGCGUGUGUGCACACACACACACACACACACACACACACACACACACACACACAGUUGCUCUAGCCCCCUGCUUAAAAACACACAUUAUAUCCCAGACCUUGCCCCUUUCCCUCUUGCUCAUAAAUCCCCAUUUACUCUUACAGUUUGCUUUGCUUGAAACCACUCCAUUCUUAUAUGUCAGAGUUGUUGAAAUGAUCAUGAUAUUGUACAGGAUUAUGAAUUAAAACUCAGGAUCUAACAAUUUCUCAGCAGGUGAUUCCUGUCUCUAGAAAACUACUUUAAUGGUCCGUAAAGGUUUAGGAACAGACUCCCCCCUGUUUUCAGUUUCAACUAUGGAGCCAAACUAGGCAGCAGUACUGUGUGGCGUCACCACUCGUACUGUGGUGUGUACAGUCUCUCCUUCAUACUUCUGGGUGUAUUUUACCGCUGGUGACAACGUUGGAAAUCAAUGAGCAACACUGAUUUUUGGUAAUAUUGGAUUUAAUGUAUUAUGCAUACAUGUGACAUUUAUUUUAGGGUUUUAUUUCACUGGAUUACCGAAAAUAUUACUCUCAAUAUCACACACAAUAUUACUUUUCUGUUUAGUUUCUGCUAGGCAC